UUGAUGCUGAAAUUGAUUUUCAUUGCGUUAAGGGUUGAGAUAGCUGAGCUCGAAUUUGAAGUUUUUGACGUUCAUGCUAGUUUCUGUGCUAUACCUCUCGCCCGUUUCAUGAAAAUGCGUGAAAUUGAUGUAUAAAGUUACGUUUUUUUGGGUAAUGUUGAGGUUGUGUGGAAACUGAGAAUCAGGAGCAUCGGAUGGAAUCAAUAUGAAUGUGUUUACAGCUAUAUAUUCAACUUGAAAGAUUAGCUAUCUGCCUUUUAUACUGGAGUGUGGCUUCAAAUCACUAGGAUUUUCUGUUGGUGGCGUGAUUGAUAGAAUUAUUAAGAAUAGAUUAGUGUUGGGCCUUGGAGUUCAAAUCUAGUAAUUAGCUUGUGAAUUUCAGCUAUUCUUUCAACUGAAGAGGGAAAAGAAUGGGGGCGGCGGGUAAUCAUGCUACGAGAUUUCUAGUUCAGAUCAUGUGUAUUUACGGAGCUUAUACAGCAAAUGCAGGUCAAGGGAGUGCAGGUUGAAGAGCUGUAUUCCCUAGAUCUUGAUUCUCUCAAUAAUCUUAGACCUGUAUAUGGUUUGGUUUUUCUUUUCAAAUGGCGUGCUGGGGAGAAAGAUGAUCGUCCAACUAUCAAGGAUACCUAUCCUAACUUAUUUUUUGCGAGCCAGGUCAUUAAUAAUGCUUGUGCAACUCAAGCAAUCCUGUCCAUCCUUUUGAACUCACCAGAGGUCGAUAUCGGUCCAGAACUAUCACAACUGAAAGAAUUCACCAAGAACUUCCCGCCCGAGCUAAAGGGUUUGGCUAUCAAUAACAGUGAAGCCAUUAGGACUGCUCACAACAGUUUUGCGAGGCCUGAACCUUUUGUCCCGGAGGAACAAAAGGCCGCUACCAAAGACGACGACGUGUACCAUUUCAUUAGCUAUAUACCCGUUGAUGGAGUACUAUAUGAGCUUGAUGGGCUCAAAGAAGGGCCUAUUAGUCUUGGUCCAUGCCCUGGUGGCCAAGACGGAAUCGAGUGGCUCCAAAUGGUCCAGCCCGUGAUCCAAGAACGGAUCGAGAGGUAUUCCCAGAAUGAGAUCAGGUUCAACCUUCUGGCCGUCAUCAAGAACAGGAAAGACAUCUACACUGCCGAGCUCAAGGAGCUCCAGAGGCAGAGAGAACAUAUCUUGCAGCAAUUGUCUGCUUCAGGCAAAAACAGGACGGAAGCUUUGGAAAUGACUCUUGCAGAAGUGAACAACAGGAUCGAAGCAGUAACAGAGAAGAUAAUAAUGGAGGAAGAGAAGUUCAAGAAAUGGAAAACGGAGAACAUACGCAGGAAACACAACUACAUCCCGUUUCUGUUCAACUUUCUGAAACUUCUAGCGGAGAAGAAGCAGUUGAAACCGCUGAUUGAAAAGGCGAAACAGCAGAAGAUGGGAAGCUCCAGCUGAGUUGUUGGCAAUGGCACCUUUAGAUUUUUCCGACAGUGACUGUUUUUUUUUUUUACACUGGUUUAAUUGUGAAUUUGUCCAUUUGAAGGUUUGCCAUCUUUUCUGUAUUUUUAGUUCUUAAACAUCAAAAGAUGAUUCACUAGGAGAUUUUUUU